AUGAUUCCACAGCUAGUGUCUUCAAUGCAACGCAAUUCGGAGCUAUCUGUCCACAGCCACAUAACACGAUACUAUCCGCACCUCUUACACACAGACUUCGAUGAAGACUGUUUAACUCUAAACAUUUAUGUGCCAGCCGACGUGGCUGAUCGAUCACUUGCUGUUAUGUUGUGGAUACCUCCCGGUCAUACUUCCAUGACGUAUGACGGCAAUGUUUUAUCAGCCACCCAAACGGUUAUAGUCAUCACAACCAAUUAUCGGUUAGGGGCCCUUGGUUUCCUCAGUACAAUGGACCGGUAUGCAUUGGGUAAUUACGGACUUCUGGAUCAACAACUCGCAAUUCGCUGGGUGAAAGACAACAUCGCUAAUUUCGGCGGCGACCCUUCGAAAAUAACGAUAUUUGGUGGAGGAGUUAGUGUCGGUUUUCACAUGUUAUCACCGACAAACAAGGGGUUAUUCCAGCGGGGUAUAUCAGAAAGCGGCGUGCCAACGUCUUCACAAUUGGCGGGUAAGCCGGCAACAUGGGCUCGAAAACUUGGGAAAAAUCUGAAUUGCUCGGAUGUAAGUGAUCAUGGCCGUCUUCUUACGUGUUUACGUUCCUCAUCGUGGCAGGAUAUAGUAAAUAACAACCCCGCCCAAAACACACUUACUACCUUGGAAGGACAGUUUGCUCCAGUCGUAGACGGCGAGUUCAUAACAGACACGCCGGAAAAUAUGAUAUACAAAUCUAACUUUAGUAACUAUGAUUAUUUAUUGGGCUUUAAUAGUCAUGAAGGAGCCAUGCUUUAUAAUCUGUUCGGUCAGACCUUGUACCCGGAAAUAUUAAAUUCACCAGGUUUGAGCAGCACGCAGUUUAACCAGUUACUUGAAGAUGAUAUUCAAGGUUCCUACGAUGAUGAGUUAGAUUUGGUUGCUGACGCUUGUAUUUAUAAGUAUACUGACUGGCAAAAUACUUUUAGUGAAUUCGACAGACUGACUAAUUUCAUGAACUUCAAAGAAGACAAACUAUUAAUUGCCCCUACUAUAGAUACGGCAAGAAAACACGAGCGAGCGCCCGGAACUGGAAGGUUGUAUCUCUACCAGUUUUCAUAUCGAAGUUCAGUAACCACAAGCCCACCGUGGAUAGAAGGCGCCAUCCACGGCGACGAGAUCAGCUACGUAUUCGGUGUUCCCAAACUGACACCAUCAACCUAUAGCAGUGCAGAGCAGGCGUUGAGUGAUGAUAUGAUGACAUAUUGGGGCAACUUUGCAAAGAAUGGAAACCCCAAUUUCGGCGAUGCCACUGAUGUCACAUGGCCUGAGUUCACCAAUGAGGAAGAAUUAUACAUUGAUCUUGGUAUUGACGUCACAGUAAAAGAUCACGUGAGGGCUAACGAUGUUGCUUUCUGGGUAGAAUAUAUUCCUAAUUUACUUUCAAAAACUUGUCAACCGUUGCCAAGUAACUGUAUAAACGUUGUGGGGUCUGAUCUUGGUUUGUCCUUAACUCUUAAAGGGACAUCAACUCUCAUCCAGUCACUUGUAAUAGUUGUCUUUUUCUUGAUUAUCGUCAUAGCAAUGAUGAUGGCUGUCCUGUGUGGCUAUGUACAGAAAGUGAAGUCGGCGAGAGUACAAUGUCUUAAAUUGAACGCAGUUACCAAGAAACUAGAAAAUAUUUGCGACUCACUUGACAGAAACAAUGACAAUUCUGAUAACAUGACCAAACUAUAG